AUGGAUGCAGGGCUACUCUGUACGGUUCUCGUACUUGGUCUGUCUCUCUACGUAAAAGAAGUUGCAGCUAUCGAUCAUCCGUGUGCGAACAGCCCGUGUCUUAACAAUGGGCACUGUAUCGCUACGGGACCAGGGUACUUCUGCUUAUGCAUCAAUGGAUUCUCCGGCGACUUCUGCGAGAUAGAGGCGAACGAAUGUUUACCCAACCCAUGCCUGAACGGUGCAGUAUGUCAUGAUGUCGUGGGUGGUUACCAGUGCGAAUGUGCACCAGGCUACGAAGGAACCAUUUGCAACAAUGAAAUUGACGAGUGCUUACCUGCUCCGUGUAAGAACUGGGGACAUUGUAUCGACCAUGUUAACGACUACGAAUGCGAGUGCAUGCAAGGAUUCACCGGCAAAAAUUGCGACCGAAAUGCCAACAAUUGUGAUCCUAACCCAUGUCAAAAUGGUGGUGUGUGUUCUGAUGAGGUCAAUGGAUACUCCUGCGCAUGCGCGGCAGGAUAUGAAGGAGACAACUGCGAGACUGAUAUUGACGACUGUGCUGGCAAUCCGUGUCAGAAUGGUGGAUUCUGCUGGGACAUGGUAGCAUCUUACACCUGCUACUGUCCUCCAGGCUACGAGGGAACAAACUGUGAAAUCGACAUUGACUACUGCGCAGACCAUCCAUGCCAAAAUGGCGGAGUAUGCAUCGAUGGCGAAACCUCCUACACCUGCAACUGUAUUCCCGGAUACGAUGGCGUUAACUGCGAAAUAGAUAUCGACGACUGUUUCAAUGUUGAAUGCUUCAAUGGUGGCACUUGCAUCGAUGAAGUCGAUGGUUACCACUGCGCAUGCGCUGUGGGUUUCGACGGAAACAACUGCGAGAACGAUAUCGACGAUUGCGCUGGUAGCCCGUGUCUUAAUGGAGGUAUAUGUCAUGACGAAGUUAACGCCUACCGAUGCACCUGCGUGCCUGGAUACACCGGCACCCACUGCGAAGAAGAUAUCGACGAGUGUUGGCCCGACCCAUGCGUAUAUGGAACUUGCUACGAUCUUGUCAACAGCUAUCGAUGUGAAUGCGACGCAGGAUACAGCGGGUUUAACUGCGACAUUAACAUUGAUGACUGUGAUGGAGCUCAAUGUUUCAAUGGUGGAGUAUGUAUCGAUGGCAUCAACUCGUUCACAUGUGAAUGUGCGGUGGGAUACGAAGGACCACGAUGCUCAAUCGAUACUGAUGACUGUAUCGGCGUGGUAUGCUUGAACGGAGGCACGUGUAAGGACGGACUGAAUACCUACACCUGCAAAUGUGUCGCGGGAUACACAGGGACACAUUGUGAAAUUGACAUCGAUGAGUGCCUUGGUGUGGUUUGUCAACACGGAGGCGUUUGUGAGGAUCAUGUUAACGGCUACACGUGUGUAUGCCAGCCGGGCUACGAUGGAAACCACUGUGAGAACGAUAUUGACGACUGUCUGUACGCUAACUGCCUGAACAACGGAGUGUGCAUUGAUUUAGUGAACGAUUAUAGAUGCGACUGUCGGGCUGGAUAUAUAGGAGACCGAUGUGAAAUAGAUAUUGAUGACUGCGCAGGUAAUCCUUGUGUGCAUGGUUUUUGCAUGGAUUUGGUCAACGACUUCAUGUGCACGUGCUUACCGGGAUAUGAAGGCAGACAUUGUGAAAUCGAUAUCGACGAAUGUCUGGGCGUUGAUUGCAACCAGGGUCAUUGUGUUGAUGGCGUGAAUUCAUAUACCUGUGUGUGUCCUGCGGGCUACGAGGGAGUUCACUGUGAAAUCGAUAUUGAUUUCUGUUUUGGUGUCAACUGUUAUCAUGGCGGGACGUGUGAGGAUAUUGUGACGGACUACAGGUGUAUAUGCGCCGAAGGCUGGCAAGGACGACACUGUGAUGAGAACCCUGAUGACUGCGCUGUCCACCCUUGCCUCAAUGGUGGACGAUGUAUUGACGGAAUUGCAACAUACACCUGUGAAUGCCUAGAGGGAUUUGAAGGCCGUGAUUGCGAAAUCGAUAUUGAUGACUGUGCUGACAACCCGUGUUUGAAUGGAGGGCAAUGUUUCGAUAAAGUCAACGGCUAUGACUGCGCAUGUCCAAUAGGCUACAAGGGCAGAAUCUGCGAAAAAGACAUCGAUAAUUGUUUCUCCGUAACAUGUCUAAAUGGCGGUCAUUGUGUGGAUGAAGUCAACGGUUAUCACUGCGAGUGCUUUGCAGGAUACACGGGAAGGCACUGCGAAAUUGAUAUUGACGAGUGUGCCACUGCUCCGUGUCUUAACGGUGGUGUGUGCAUUGAUUUGGUGGAUGGCUACUCGUGUCAAUGCCUGGACGGCUUCGAGGGAAUUAACUGUGAAAUCAAUAUUGACGACUGUGUUGACCAUCCAUGUCUUAAUGGCGGUAGGUGUAUCGAUGGAAUCAACAGCUUCCGAUGCGAAUGUCCUGCAGGCUACGAGGGCGACUUCUGCCAGAUCGAUACUGACGACUGUGCCAUUCCUUCCACAUGCAACAAUCACGGAGAAUGCAUAGACUUGGUGAACGGCUAUGAAUGUCGAUGCUUCGCUGGCUACACUGGGAUGCGCUGUGAAAUAGAUAUCGAUGACUGUGCCGAUUGGCCGUGUCUGAACGAUGGUGUAUGUAUUGACAGGGUAGAUGGAUACCAUUGCGAAUGCCUGGCAGGUUUUACUGGCACACACUGCGAGGAGAAUAUCGACGAUUGCUACGAAACAGCUUGUCUGAACGGCGGGACGUGUAUUGAUGGUAUCAAUGGAUUCACAUGCAGAUGCCUGUUGGGAUUCGAAGGAGAAAACUGCGAAACAAGUACGUCUGCGCAAUCAUCCUUGAGAAUUCGUAAUAUACAUGAAAUUAAGACUUGUUUCAAGACAUCACAAGUCAUCACGUCAUUCACGAACACUGAUGACUGUGCGGGAGUAAUCUGCCAGAACGGAGGUCAUUGUAUCGACGAAGUUGCAGGUUAUCACUGUCAAUGCGUCAUAGGUUACACUGGAAACCACUGUGAAAUCAAUGUUAACGACUGCUCAGGUAAUCCAUGUGCCUUCGGUAUCUGUGUGGAUUUGGUCGACGACUACGAAUGUGUGUGUACCCCGGGCUACGAGGGUCGCCACUGUGACAUUGAGAUUGAUGAGUGUGCCAUCGAGACGCCAUGUUUCAACGGAGGAGUCUGUGUGGAUGAAGUCAAUGGAUAUAGAUGCGAGUGUCUGGCUGGAUACGAUGGGGUUCACUGUGAAAAUGAUAUCGAUGACUGUGGUCCAUACGCCGUUUGUUUGCACGGAGGGAAAUGCGUCGAUGGAAUCAAUGAAUACACGUGUCAAUGUCUGCCUGGCUACACUGGCCGAUACUGCCAUAUCGACGUUGACUUCUGUCAGCCUGUCAACCCGUGCUUACACGGAGGAUUCUGCGUCGACGGCGCAACCGAUUACACCUGCGAAUGUGCUACUGGAUACACUGGUCACGACUGUGAAAUUAACAUCGAUGACUGCGCACGUGAUCCUUGCUAUAAUGGCGGCGAGUGUAUUGACGGAAUCAACGAAUACACCUGUAACUGUCUGCCCGGGUUCCAGGGAAGCAGGUGUCAAAAUGAAAUCGAUGAAUGUGCCGGCCCUACACCGAGAUGUUUGAAUGGCGGCGAAUGCUUGGAUGGGAUUAAUAGCUACACCUGCGUGUGCGCCGGUGGCUUCCAGGGGGCUAAAUGUGCAGAAGAGAUUCUAUGCCAGGCGGGAUGGGAGCGCUACGAACUCGGCUGUUACUUCUUCGAGCAAACCCACGAAAAAUCAUGGGAUGAAGCUGAGCUGACCUGCGUGUCAUAUGGUGGUCACCUGACCAGUAUCCAUAGCGACGGCGAACGCGAUUUCGUCUUUGAGCGCCUGGACAGUCAGUAUCAAUACUGGAUUGGACUCACGGAUAUAAUUGUGGAGAAUUUCUGGCUCUGGAGUGACGCUACACCAAGGGAUUACAGUCAAUGGUUUUCUGGUGAGCCCAACAACCUUGGUAACGAAGACUGUGCAGAGAUGCAUCCUUUCAGGUUUGGCAACAGGUGGAAUGAUGCUAAAUGCUAUCUGACAAACCGCUACGUAUGCAGGACUAGAAGAGAUGUAGACUUCUGUGCUUCGGCCCUCGAGCAAUGCUACAACGGUGGAGUCUGCUCAGAUUUAGCUCAAGGCUUCUCCUGCGCAUGCGCAGCCGGAUUCUCUGGUGAUAGAUGCCAAAUAAAUAACAACGAAUGUGACCCAAAUCCAUGUCAGAACGGAGGGGCUUGCAAUGAUCUGGUGAAUGGUUACACCUGUGACUGCGCUCCUGGAUAUAUCGGAGUUAACUGUGAAACAGACGAAGAUGACUGCGCGUUAGCUGCUUGUUUGAAUGGAGGAGUGUGCACCGAUUUAGUUAAUGGGUACUCCUGCGCAUGCUCAGACCGCUACAAAGGAGAUCGAUGUGAAACAGACAAAUGCGCGGGAGAUGAAUUCUUUGUUGACUCUUGUUAUGAGUUCAUUUCGACAAGUCGUACAUGGGUGGAUGCUGAAGCUGACUGUGUAGGGAGAGGAGGACAUCUUGCAAGUGUCGCGAGUGCAGAAGAGCAGAAUUUCUUGCAAGCGCACGUCGACGGAAAUGUUUUCUGGUGGAUUGGUCUGAAUGACAGAAGCAGUGAAGGGAAUUUCGUCUGGAGCGACGGGACAAGCGUCGUGUACACAAACUGGCAACCCAACCAGCCCGAUGAUUUCCAGGGUAUUGAGGAUUGUGUACAUUUUCAUACGGCACAGUACGGCUACCAAUGGAACGACUUGCGAUGCACGGAUUCGCUCCAUUACAUUUGUGAGAGACCAAGCGAAGACCACUGUGCUUUGGUUGUCGAGCCAUGCUACAACGGUGGAGUAUGCACAAAUUCAGCUCAAGGCUUCUCUUGCGCAUGCGCCGCCGGAUUCUCUGGUGAAAGAUGUCUAACAGAUAUUGACGAAUGUUCAACGAAUCCGUGCCAGAAUGGAGGAAUUUGCGAGGACCGAGUCAACGGUUAUGUGUGUUUCUGCAUAUCUGGAUUCAUUGGCGACAACUGCGAAACAAAUGAGGACGAUUGCGCAUUGACCCCUGAACCUUGCUUCAAUGGAGGAGUCUGCUCUGAUGGGGUGCAUGGGUUCUUCUGCGCAUGCUCUGAUCGAUACACAGGGGACAGGUGCGAAAUUGAUAGGUGCCCUGAUUGGGAAUAUUUCCAGGAAGCCUGCUACAGGUUCUUCAAGACGCCUACAAUGAGUUGGUUGGAUGCUGAAGCUGACUGUGUCUCAAGGGGUGGACAUUUGAUAAGCGUUGCCAACGCCCAAGAGCAGACGUUCCUACAAGAUAAUCUUGAUAACGAUAGUUGGUGGAUCGGACUGAACGACAGAAACAUAGAGAGAACCUUCGUCUGGAGUGACGGAACAAACUCUGCGUACAGAAAUUGGUACAUUAAUGAACCUAACGAUCUGAAUGGCGAGGAUUGUGUGCACAUGGAGAAGCAGCGGUUCAACAACCAAUGGAACGACUUACCUUGUGAAGGGUUAGCCAGUUAUGUCUGCGAGAGACCUCCGCAAGGCUAACCGCGGCGGAUCGCAGCAUGCAGCUAAGGACCGGGAGUACACCUUUAUUUGAGAUAGGUUCUAUGGACGACGAUGAUCAGUUUACGCUGCUCUUAACUAUUCAAUUAUGAUGAUUUUAUGCUUACCAUCCAUUAUCUUUUACUAAAAGAAAUAUUGUGCCCGAUCUGACUUUUUUCUUGGAAUAUUGCUUGCUAUUUUGUCUUUUAAUGUGCUUAGUCGUUCAUAACAUAUUUCUUCCAAAUAUUUUGAAUGAAUCGAGUGGUGUUAUAUUUCAGCGACAUUGGAACCUUAUAGGAAAUAUCAAAUAUAAGAUAAAUAUUUAGAAUGCUGAUAUUAUAGCUUGAACACCUUUUCAAUUUUGAAGUGUUAUUUCGAAGAAGUAAAAAGUAUACUUAAGAGCUCAACAUUUAUUAUUUAAAUUUAAAUUUUUGACGACGGGCAGAGCAUACUGUCCGAA